UCCGCUUCUUCACGCACAGCCGUAGCGACCCACGUCCCCAAACUCCGCGUUUCUCUACAAGGUUUCGGCGGACCGCUGCUGUUUUAUCUGAUUUUUUCCCCCAUAGGACUUUCUUCCUACGUUGCGGGGGAAGCGGCCUCGAAAACGUUGUUACUGAAAUACGAAACGGUAUCUUUAUCCAGCGCCCACCCACGUAUUUACUAUUAUAGGUGUGUUUUGCUCAGUCAUACUUGAAACGGGCUGCCGCCCCCCCAGUCGGACGGUCGCUUAUAGCUGACCUGAAGGAGCGUGUUUAAAUACGGAGUGUCGACCCCCCCUGUAACACGAAUCGAGACAGGAACAAACAUUACCGGACGACGCUUCCGAUUUGCUGCUAAUAAUAAUAAUAAUACAAUAAAAGAAUUUCCACCGAAGAGGCGCUGACUUUACGCAUUCACUACGGGCCAUUUUUGCGUAGACGGCGCUCGGAAUCUGGUUUGAAGAGCCGGUAGGAUGGACGUAUUCUGCGUAGGAAUACCCCGCAAAGUACGUCCCGGAUUCUGUAAUCUGCGUGGAAGAACUGAAUAAGGAGCUACCGAUUUUGGAUGGUCGUAGAAGAAUUUUUUUUUUAAACACAGCAACGAGGGUAACUGCGACUUGUGUGGCGAACGACGGCGGGGAGAGCCUGGUGAUUUUCUGGCAUGCAGGAGAAAAUGACAUGCCAACAUGUCUCUAAAUAAACGGAUGACAUCAUUUAAACAAAUAUAUAACAAACUUUCAACUCUGUCUUGUAUACAGUGGGAUUUACAUAUAAAAGACGUCAAUUGCGUAAUGAGCAGUGACUUGUAGACCAGAUGCAAAACAACCAGUUUCGGAUUUUUAAAAAAUGACUUGUGGGUUGCAGAUGUGCCAAGGAAAUGAGAAGCGCUGCUCUUAAGGCACUCUGACUCCGCAUCGGCUGGAUCUCUGAACUGCGGUCAGCGGAAACCUGCAAGUUUGGAUGCAAGCAAACAACUGGCCUGAGCUACAUGAUCCGGAGCCUUGCCUGCUACUGGUGCCGAAGCGUAUGGGUCCUGCGUACUCAAUCUCCCAACUCCCACACAAAAAAUACAGAAUAGCUGCAUUUGCUCCUGAACGUACAUUAUAGUAGAUAGCGGUAGCUUCGUGCUCUUCGCCUGACAGCUACCCUUUAUCUGUUCCUUAACUGUUUUCAUCUUAGAUUAUUUGGCUGCUAUGUGAUACGCCAAGAAAUAAGCUGAACGGGUCGCUCCCGCCGUGGCCGUAUUCGGAACCGGGGUCUGCACCUUUUUAAGGCGAAAAAACAAUAUAUCUCUGCUCCAUUGGGAUAGUGUGAUUUGCAGUAGUCCACAGCUGGCAAAGUCUCUAAGUAAACGACGUACGCGAUCUGCGUAAGGUACGUCUUUUCUGGGUUAAAGGCGAGACUGAAGUGACAUUGCAGUCUUUUUUUUCUCCCCCUUCAAUCCCCACCCUCAAUGGUUGGAGUUUAGGAAAUAGCGUAAAGUACGCGGGAGGGGGUGGGGGGCAUUACGUUUGGGUGUAGGGGUGGGGGUGGUGGUGAAAAAAGGAGAGAAGGUGGAGCGCUGUCCGCCGUACGCGUUUGCGCAGUUUACGCUUUACCCCGCCCCUCCCGCGGCGACGGUGAUGGGUCGGAAGCGGUGUGUCGGCGCAGAUUGCUCCAAGAUGGCGGCGGGGUGCUGCGGGGUGAAGAAGCAGAAGCUGUCGGGGUCCCCCGGCGCGGGGGGUCCUGGCGGCGCGGGGAGCGGGGUGGCCGGGACGGGACACUGCGGGUCGGACUUGGGGAUGGGCUCCUCGUCGGCUGCAGCGGCGGGGAGCGCCGGUCGUGUGAACGGCCUUGGGGGUCCCGGGGGUGGCAGCGCGAGCAGCACCAACGCGUUGUCCCCGGCUCCGGGAGGCUACAACUCAACCGGCCUUUCCCCGAAUCUCAGCCCCGGACCCGGGUCGGGCAGCGGCGGCAGGAAGAUGGUGGUGUCGGCGGAGAUGUGUUGCUUCUGUUUCGACGUGCUUUAUUGCCAUCUAUACGGAUACCAGCCACCUCGGACACCCAGGUUUACAAACGACCCUUACCCGCUGUUCGUUACUUGGAAAAUAGGCCGGGACAAGCGGUUGAGGGGCUGUAUUGGUACAUUUUCAGCCAUGAACCUGCACUCAGGACUCAGGGAGUACACCCUUACCAGUGCCCUUAAAGACAGCCGCUUCCCCCCGAUGACGAGGGAGGAGCUGCCGCGCCUAUUCUGCUCAGUGUCUCUUCUCACAAACUUCGAGGACGUCGGCGAUUACCUAGACUGGGAGGUGGGUGUACAUGGCAUUAGGAUAGAAUUUUUCAAUGAAAAAGGAUCAAAGCGAACCGCCACCUACCUGCCAGAAGUUGCAAAGGAGCAAGGAUGGGACCACAUUCAGACCAUAGAUUCCUUACUACGGAAGGGAGGUUACAAAGCUCCCAUCACAAACGACUUCAGGAAGACCAUUAAAUUGACCAGGUAUUGUAGCGAGAAGAUGACGAUGAGCUACGCCGAUUACAUCACCCACCGCCAGCAUCACCACUACCAGAACGGCAUCGGACACCCCCUGCCCCCUUACAACCAUUAUUCCUGACACCGAGCCGCAUGACCAGUCACUGGACCUCUCCGCGGACCUCUUCCCAGGAGAACCCGCCCCUUCUUGGUCUAGCUAUCUCUACUACUGUACCAUUUUAUGAUGAUAGCUUCCGUUGCCACGCUUGGCCGUCUGUCUGCGCCAGGCUGGCAACGGGUGGCAGCGCACUCUUUCUUUUCUUUUUUUUUCUUUUUUGUGUGAGAGCAAAAAUAACAUUUCUUUUCCUUUAAUCUUUUUCUCUUAAGUUGGUUUUUGCAGCAUUUAUAUCUACAAUAUGUUAACCCCCUUUCUUUUUAAAAGAAAAAAAAAAUAUAUAUACUGAUUUUAAUUUUCCAAAAAUCCUAAUCAGGUUUUUUUGUCUGUGGAUGGAAGGAAGUCAGUUUUGAUGGGAUAAUCGUUAAUGGUUUUGCUUUAGUUUAUGUAUAGUAGGCUUGGUAAUGCAAUUAAAAUAGGGAACUUGGUUUCUUUUUUAUUUAAAAUCAUUUAUUAUUAGCCAGGUGUGUGUAUCUUAAUGGAGACCCACGGGUCUGAAGGUUUGUGUUCUUUUUGCGUGAGCUAUUGGCUGUUGGUGUGGUUUCGUGAAUCGUAGCUAGAUCAAUCUUGAUGUAGGUUCUUGUAUAACCUUGAGUGUGGUUGUUGUCCUAGAUGGUAGACUUUGGUUAGACCCAUUACUUUUAAAGCCAGCAAUCAUUUAUAUUUUUUUCUCUGUGUAAUUAUAGGCCAGCUCAUAAUUAGGGAACAGACCAAUAAAAUCGCAGGAUUUAUUAGUGACUGGAUAACACCAAUAUUAGUUUUUUUUGUGGCACCAAAAAUGGUUCAGAACUUCCACUGCUUUCCAAAUUACUGUUCGCAAUAGAAUUGUCAGCUCAGGUCGGUCGGUGAUUUAUUUAUUUUUUAAUGUAAAAUUUUUUUUUAAUCAUCUGUGAUGAAUGACGUAACGAGCAAUUCAGCUUGAACGUCAUCUUCUCGGUGGACGUUGAUUUAUUCUUUCCUAACCGUUCUUUUACCGACUUUCUUCUGUAGCAGCAGGUUUAGUGCCGUCCUCCCGGGGCAGAAGGCCCCAUGCCAGCUGGACCUGUUGGGUGGGAUGAGCUCUUGGUAGGACGUGGACAGGCUCUCCUCAGAAGAUGGUGUGAUCACUGUGCUUUUCUAAGGUCUCCUUUGCAAACCUUAAGCCUGUUACUUGGAGAGAAUAGUGGAAAGACUAGGUGUGCUUCAGCAGGAGCAAGGUUAGACCCUUUAAAGCCAUAUUUUCUUCUGAUGCAUGGUUUGCUCUAGCCGUGGUUUGUAGCUGGCUCAGGUGGUCCUCCUGUUCAGUGUUUUCACCCUGGCGGGGCUUGGUGUAGCUUUUUAUUUAUAUUUUUGUCCACCAAACGGCUGUUUUUGGGGGCUACUGCUCCGCCGCCUGCCUUGGGUCUGUCAAGAUUUCUGUGUAUUCUUCAGGGGCUUAACAGAGGCCUUUAGGCGGCAUGUGAGCUGUAAUUCUUGCAGGUGCUCAUUGAGCACGACUCGCAUACCCACCAACACUUGAUGGGUAAUCCAUCUGAAGCAGCAUGAAGCCUGCAUAGCUGCAGCGGUCCAGUGCGGGUUAACCUUUAGGGACGCUCGGGAGUAAGCAUUCACAAAUGCUAAGUCUCCAGGCAGCAGCAACACAAUCGAUUUAUGAGCUGUGAUGGACGCAGGCGUUUGGAGUCGUGACUUCUACCAGUUCUCUGCUAGUUGUACAAUGUCCAGGCAGAUAGCUAUAUGUCUUCAACAUGUUUAGGGCAAAUGGUUUUACCCCAGUCUUGUGUGUUGCUUUUAGUCUGUUUCAAGCAGGCAGGAGUUGCAGCAAAAAGAACUUGGUGGGUAAGUGGUCUUUGGAAACAUUCGAGAAGCAGAUAAUGGGCUUCUUGUCGGGUUUUCUUGAGUUUGGAACUUUUUUUCCUCAAGGUAUGUGGAACUGUAAGACACGAGUUUGCUAUUUACAUUUGUAGACUCGUCUCAAGAAAAUAAUCUAUAUUGUUGAAUGUCUAAAGAAGGCUUACGCACUCUGUUCUAAGAGAAUGUACAUAUUGUUUUAUCCUUUGGUGAAAUGUGAAGGGCUUUGGGAUUCCAUCCACAGAAACCCUACAGUUUCCCCAGAAACAAAAGAAAAAGACCCUUUUUUUCAGUUGUGUUGCCUGCUACCAGUAAGUUAAUGUCAUCAGUGCUCUGUCGUUUCAUCCGCCAGCCAGAACAAUGAAAGGUUCCUUUUUAUCUCGAGCCGCCAUACCUGAGCCCUGCAGUUAUGGGGGUUUGAAUCAGCACUGGUGGCCCAAUUUUAAGGGGUCAGCCCUGACAUAGGGGUGACAGUACAACAGCCCUCAGGGACCAUGCUGGGUUAAACCCUGGACAUAGUAAACAUGCUCCUGCUACCGUCUGGCUUUAUAGGCCUGAUCCUGCCGCACCCAGGCGGUUACCUGACUCACUGUGAUGGGGCAGCUGUCACGCGGUCGUCCCUCAGUCCCGACGAGACGCCAAGGGCAGCUUAGCGCACGGCACGUGGGAUUUUCGUCGUCUUAAGUGACAAUCUCUGUGAAUUAAAGCUGGUUCCGGACGCGUCUCAAACGGUUAAGGGGGUGUUGAUAAAUGGGCGUCAGAGUUGCAUGGCAACUGCAGCCCGGGCCUCUAAUGAAACGACACACCUUGACAUUCAUUUCCUGGCUUUUUACCAACUACAGCACAAACUGAACAUUUUCCGCUGCAAAACAGUCUAUAGGCUUUUUUCACGUUUAUUUGUUACAUACAUGCGAUUUUCUUUUUUUGCGUGUUUGUAUACAAAUAGACAUCCUCAGCAUGCUAGUGUUUUUUUUUUAUUUUUUAUUUUUAAUACAAACAAAAAUGAAAUAAAAUGGUGCUAUCAGACCUCAUGUUGGGGCGGUCACAGUCACAUGACUGGUCAUGCGGACACAUUAAUCAUAUCAGAAUUAUCCUUGAUAUAUGCAGAUCUGUUUUACAGGUGUUUCUUACUGUUGUAACAUUGAAAAUCAAAAACCUGCAGGUUUUGAAAGGACAUGGACAGCAAAUAUUCCCCCCCCCUUGGCCUGGGGGGAAAAGGCGUAGCUUUUUGACCCCAUUAGCUGUACGGGAGGUAGCAGCAUCCAAGGUGUGCAGCAACACCUAGACCAGCCGUAAUGCACAGUGGUGUCGGUCCCCUCCAAGUCCUGUAAAACCCUCCGUCUGGAACGGCCUUUCACUUCCCCUAUGUCGCCAGUGUGUUGUGGAGGGGGGGCGCACGGCCCGCGGUCUUUGUUCUGGCAUUUUCUUUGGCUCGUCUCUUAGGGUGGGGGAGGUGGGAGAACUGCGGUUGCGGUUUAUGAUGCUGGAUGCAGAAAUUACCUCCAUCUGUGAUGCCCCAUGUGCGCCGGACAAAGAGGCCUCUGUUUCGGCAGCCGCGCGCUGGUAGAGAGGCCCCAGUCUCCCAGCUGCAUAUCUCUCUCCCCUCCCUCCCCCAACUCAUUACGACCCGCAUUCUAAAGAGUACGUGUCAAAAGUGCGAGACGUGGUCGCAAGGUAUGAGCAGACUGACUGAAUUUGGAAACGUUCGCCAUUGGCUCCCUGCCAGCCUCGUUUCCUUCCUCAAGUUGCCCGAACGAUUCCCACAAUCCCCUAUGAGCCGGUGGGCCGCCAUCUUGGCUCCUUGUUCCCGUCGCCGGGUCUUAGACGAGCGGGCCAAAGAAAAGUCUGUGACCCAUAGGGGCUCUUCUGGGUCCAUUUGGGGUUUGCCGAAUCUGCGACAUGCAGAACCCAAGGACCAGCCUCAGUGCAAGCCCCCUCCCCCCAUCCCAUCUUCUGGCCAGAACACAAUUCAACAAAGCACAGGGAGUCCUGUUUAACCCGUUUAUGUUCCACUGUACUACUGUUGCCUAUUUUUACCUGUACAAUGUACUCUCUGGGCCCAUCACUGACGUCGGAAACUGGCACUGCUAAAACACAACAAACCCAAGGUGUUAAGUUGUCUGGAAUUUACCCCAAUGCCGUUGGGUAGAAUUCCUUGGAAUCGCCGAUAUUGGGAUUAUUGUCACGUGCUAGAUGCCAUGCAAAGGUUAUAUGGGUGUCCUCUAGGGGGCCCCAAAACAGUAUUUACGUAGGAAUAUGCAAACCAAAAACACAACACACUCCCCCGUGACUGUGGGAGAUGCCAUACGAUAACUGGAUGCUGCUGAUGAUGGUAUCGUCCAGCCCAGGUUCUUGGGCGACGGUGCCGUUCAUGGCUCCGGUUUGCAGGUUCCUACCGCAGAGCUGAUCUCCACCCAUGUCUCUGCGCCAUGUUUUGUUUAAUACUUGAAGGAUUGCGCUAUGAAAGCCACGGUGUAAUCCACCUCCGAAUGCACUUUGGGAACAUUGAUUUACACUUGCAUGGUCUCUAGCUUCCUGGUUACUCUUGUUGUGCUGGGGCAGUCUAUUCGUGAUGGGGCAUUCCCCCCCCCUCCCAAACCGCCAUCCGCCCCCCCCCUCCCCGGGAUCUCGACAAAAUGCAAGUGUGCGGUAUGGACCGAGCUGGUGGACAUAACAUCUUUCGGGAGCUUGUUUGGACUGGAAGACCUUAGAUGUGUCACAAUCAUCUUCCAGCUUCCACUGUGGUUUCUCUGCAGCUUUGGCAGCUUGCAGAAUAAACCUUGGAAUUCAGAUGUCAGCCCACUGUGAUAAUGUGGGUCGAAUUACACCAGCUCCUCACCAUUCACACGAGAUGCAUUUCUUAUCCCGGCCUUCGGGGGUUGAGUCCUCGUAUCCUUUUCACCUUCGUCUCCAGACCGUAGGCUCACGUUACCUUUGUGUGUUCGACCGAACCAAAGAUGCCUCCAGCCAUGUCUAAAUGCUGCUCUUCAGGCCUAUACCUUCCUGUCCUUCCAAAAACGUCCCUGCACGAGUUUUUUUUUUCCCGUCGGUUUUAAUUAUUUUUUUCGUUGGAGCAUUUUUUUGUACGAGUCCUAACUUCGUUCGGCAACCUCUUCUUGUAAAUGAAUUUUCAUUGUCGCUCCACUGAGACGAGUCACUGGCUCUCAGAAGGCAAAGAAACUGGUUGCAACAGUUUAUUAUUUUUUUAAUUUUUUUGUUCUUGUCGGUGUUUUUCAUUGUUAUAAUUUUUAAAGAAAACCCCAUAGCGUGCCUCUUAGAUUUAUGGGUUUCUUAAUGUGUUCUUUCCUAAAGACCAGCAGUGAUACUUUAUAUAAAAGAUGCAUUUAUCCUUUUUUUUUUUCUUUUUUUCUUUUUUAAAUUGUUUAAAAAUUUAAGAGAAAAAAGCCUCUUUUCUUUACUCCGGACCCAGUAGCUGCACUGGUAUACAAUCGCACUGAUAGUUAUACAGAGAAAUAAAUAACAGAUUAAAUAAAUAAGAACUACAAUAAACUUGUGUGUGGAAACUUUUUUAAGAAAACUUACUUUAAAAAUGUAUACAAAAAAAAAAGGAAAUGAGUUUUGUACAUCGAGAUUUGAUUCUUUUCAACAACGAAAUAUUUUGGAUCUAGUUUCUAAAUUAUUUUAGUGGUUUUCUACAUUAAUGAAAAUUGAAUCGAUGAGUUGGAAUGUGUCAUCGGUGGACUGUGAGGUCACCUGCAAUGGCCAUCGGGGGCGGGGCGGGGCUGCCUGGCGUGGCCCCCCUUCCCACCCCCGUGUUUAUUUCACAUUAAAUCGUUUCUUUCCUGCUUAGUAACUUGAAAAUAUUGUUUGGAGAAAAAAAAAAACAAAGCUGAAGAAAUAGCCCUUUCUGUUAGAUCUAGAUCCUCUCCUUCCACAUUGAAUUGCUGUUAGUGUGAUGAAACUUGAAAUGGGCAUUUUACUGAUACUUUGGUUCCCAAAAAAAGAAACAAAAUUUUUAAAAUGUUAAAAAAAAAAAGAUAAAUGUGUGUGGGGGGGUGGGUUUGGGAGUCUAUAUAGAAGGGCUGUCAGUGGGUAUGUGAGCUAUGGCUGUGGCGAUGGAUAUUGUAGUUUUAAACACUAUUGUUAUCUUUUAAAAUCAUUUAUCCAAUUGAGGAAAAAAAAAAAAUAAAGUCCAACUGCAAAGA